UCUCAGCUGAGUGAAUCAGAAUUAUCUAAUUUUUGUUAUUGACAAGUCUUCCCUUUUCUUAAAGUCUUCAACUUUGAAAGACAUUGGUUUUUUUUUUUACUUUAGAGAGAAGAAGGGCCUGUUUCAACUUUUUUAUUCUUGUGUGUGUCCACUCAAAAGUUGAAAAAGGUGGAUCAUCAUUGAGAAUUAACAACAAUUUUGUUUUUGUGGGUUAUCUCUUCACUUUUUCUGUAGGUUCCUCUUGCUGAGCAUUAAUGGGGGAUAUGCAAGUUGGUGUUGCCACUAUUGAAGAUAAGGGAUUCUAUGGCUUGAGGGAGGAUACACCGGUAAAGGCUGUGGCUUCAUCGAACCCGAGCCUGCAAGUGUCGGUUUCAUUUGGCAGGUUUGAGAAUGAUUCACUUUCAUGGGAGAAAUUCUCUGCUUUCUCUCCAAACAAGUACUUGGAGGAAGUUGGCAAGUGUGCAACUCCAGGAUCAGUUGCUCAAAAGAAGGCUUAUUUUGAAGCUCAUUACAAAAAGAUAGCUGAGAGGAAAGCUGAGAUCAUGGAUCAGGAGAAACAAUUGGACACGGAAGCAUCUUUUAGAUCAAACGUUUCAGAUCAGGAGAGUGUGGAACGCGAAAAUGGCGUGUUGGUGGCAGAGUCUGAGGUUGAUGAUGGAUCUGAUGGGCAGUUCACUUGUGAUGAAGAUAAGCAUGUGACUGACAUUAUUGUUGAAGUAAAUGAACUGAGUGUUGAUGAGGUUAGUGAGGAUACUAUCAUUGUCAAGGAAUGUCAAAGCUCGGUUGAUCAGGUGAAAGAAGAAGUCAAGGACUGUGUGGAUAGUCCAAUUUUGGAGAAAACAGAAGAGUCUGCUCUUGUGGAGGAGAAACCGGAAGUGGUUGUCCAUGUGCAGGAGGAACCAGAAGAGGUUUUACAAGUUGAGGAUGUUUUAGAGACAGGAGUAAGAGAAGAUGUGAGAGAGGAAAUAAUAUCAGAAGAUGGUAUUAAGGAUACAAAUGAAAAGCCAAUGAAGGAGGUGAAGAAAGAGAAAAAGCAUAAUCUAAUAAAGAAGAAUGAUGGAAAUGUGUGGACUACUCCUACAAGAAGCUCUCCCAAGCCUAAUCAGGUGAUGAAAAAACCGGAAACUAACAAGAUUGUAACAAGUAGGAAAACUCCACCAAGCAAGGAGAUCAAAAACAUGAUGAAGCCAACAAAGAAAGCAGCAGCACCAAUCUCCAAAGCGCCACAAGCAGCACCGAUCUCAAAAGCCCCACAAGGGUUUUCAACUCCAAGAGUUUACAAGCCAGCUUCACAAAACACUUCAUUGUCGACAUCCUACUCUUCAUUAAAGAAGGAAAAUCCAUCGGCUUUACUGAAAAAGAAACAAACUGCUCCAAAGUCAUUGCAUAUCUCUAUGAAUAUGGAUCCACCUGCUUCUGAUCCUACUGCUCUUACAAGCACUAGAAAGUCAUUGAUUAUGGAACGAAUGGGAGAUAAAGACAUUGUGAAACGUGCCUUUAAAACAUUUCAAAAGAGUUUUGACUUCAAAACUUCUGUCGACGGGGAAAACACGGUACUAAAGCAGAGUACUGCAAAGGCAACUAGUAUUCCAUCAGUACCGACUCGGCCAAAGGAAAAGGGCAGGCCUGCAAAAGCAAGUACCAUGGAGAUGAGAAGUGGUACUACCGCCUAUCGAUCUCCAUCUCAUGGACAAAAAAGCAAUGAGAAACAACAAAAGGAGCUUUCCAAGUCUGGUGCAAGACCUGUAGAGAAGACACGCCUGCAGAAGAACCCAAAGCAGGCAGGAGUGAUUGAUGCCAAAACCCGGAGAGACUCUCUUAAUCCGAAAGCAAAACCCAUGCAGGGUUCUCUUCCUGUGCGGACCUUACCAAAAGGCUCUUUAGACAAGGUGUUAUGAUAGUUAUCUCGGUCCAGUUUUAGUCUGAUCUUCUGGCAAAGAUCGCCACCAAUGUUGUUCCACCAGUGUUGAGGUAAAGAGCCAAUGAUCUUGUUGUUAUAUAGAGAAGUCUUUAGUUGCCAGUAUUAUUUGUGGAAGGAGUAGUAAGAGUAAUAAGGAAUAGUUAUAUUUUACAGUUUCAUGUGUAUGUGUAUAGACUCCAAGGAUUAUGUUGUUAUCUAAACAGAAAUUAUUCGAAUCAAUCUUGUCUAUGCUCAGCAACU